CCAGUGGAUUUACAAGUGCUAAUUUUAGCAAAAGGAGAUGGGGUUAGUUUUUUUUAAGGGGACAUAUGUAUUUAUGUUUGUGAUUAAACUGGAGAAAUAUUCCAGAGGAGGGAGUUGUAUUAAGUGGGGACUUUGAUCUGGCUUUAAGGAGGGCCAUGCUCUCAGCAGCUGCUGUUUGUAAACAGAUGCCACUUCAAGAUGGCGGCGGGAGGGAGCAACCUCAGCGCCUGUAACCGAGUCAACAUCCCUAAUGGCGGCGGCGGAGGUGGUGGCGGUGGAUCGGGCAGCCCGAGCUUGGGCACCAGCUCCUCGCCGCCUUCCUCGCUGUCCGGCGGGGUCGGGCCGGGAGGAGGUGGAGGAUCGGCGGCGGCGGCGGCAGCAGCAGCAGCGGCGGCCGCGGCUGUAGUCAUUUGCCGGGAGCCCAUGUACAACUGGCAGGCCACCAAGACGACGGUGAAGGAGCGCUUCGCCUUCCUGUUCAACAACGAGAUCCUGAGCGACGUGCACUUCCUGGUGGGCAAGGGGAUGGGGACGCAGCGGAUCCCCGCUCACCGCUUCGUGUUGGCCGUCGGCAGCGCCGUCUUCGACGCCAUGUUCAACGGCGGCAUGGCCACCACCUCCACCGAGAUCGAGCUGCCCGACGUCGAGCCCGCCGCCUUCCUUGCCCUCCUUAAAUUCCUUUAUUCUGACGAAGUCCAGAUUGGACCAGAAACUGUUAUGACUACACUGUACACUGCUAAAAAGUAUGCAGUACCUGCCCUUGAAGCACACUGUGUGGAGUUCUUGAAGAAGAACCUCCGAGCAGACAAUGCAUUUAUGCUUCUUACACAGGUACGUUGGAACAUUCAUGUCGUGCAUGAUAUCUGUCUGCAGAAGGAACUAAGAAGGAUGAGGCACAGAGCUAUGUGUGGUAAUACCUCCGUAAGGUCAGGCGAAGCAGUCGUGGGACAGCCGUUUGGAUGCCAGGGUUCAGUUUCUGUAUGGCCACGGAACAGGGAGGAUCAAGAGAAAGCACUUAACGGGGACGAGGAAUUUAAGGAAGGAGACCAAGUUGGAGAGGGAGAGGCAAGACUCUUUGAUGAGCCGCAGCUUGCCAGCUUAUGUCUGGAAAAUAUUGAUAAAAACACUUCAGAUGCAAUCAAUGCAGAAGGUUUUACAGAUAUUGAUUUGGAUACACUAAUGGCGGUCUUAGAACGUGACACUCUUGGAAUUCGGGAAAUUCGGUUGUUUAAUGCUGUGGUUCGCUGGGCAGAGGCAGAAUGCCAACGACAACAGCUUCAACUUACUCCUGAAAACAAACGUAAAGUUUUAGGAAAAGCAUUGUCACUCAUUCGGUUUCCUCUAAUGACAAUUGAGGAGUUUGCAGCAGGACCUGCGCAGUCAGGAAUUCUAACAGACCGAGAGGUGGUUAGUCUUUUUCUACAUUUCACAGUCAAUCCGAAGCCGAGAGUAGAGUUUAUAGACAGACCCCGCUGUUGUCUUAGAGGCAAAGAGUGUAGCAUCAAUCGUUUCCAACAAGUGGAAAGCCGUUGGGGCUACAGUGGUACAAGCGAUCGAAUAAGGUUUACUGUGAAUAGAAGGAUAUUUGUGGUUGGGUUUGGCUUGUAUGGAUCAAUACAUGGACCCACAGACUAUCAAGUAAAUAUACAGAUUAUACAUACAGAUAGUAAUACGAUUUUGGGACAGAAUGACACUGGUUUUAGCUGUGAUGGGUCGUCCAACACUUUCAGGGUUAUGUUCAAGGAACCAGUGGAGAUUUUACCCAAUGUUAAUUAUACUGCAUGUGCUACAUUGAAGGGGCCAGAUUCACACUAUGGAACAAAAGGACUUCGUAAAGUCAUCCAUGAAUCUCCAACAACGGGCACAAAAACAGUCUUCACCUUCUGUUAUGCUGCUGGAAAUAAUAAUGGAACAUCAGUAGAAGAUGGACAGGUUCCGGAGAUUAUCUUUUACACGUAGUUGAGCUCAGCAAGUCCUCAGAGACCUUGGCUAAUCUGUCAAAUACAAACUGGUUGUAUGCUACUGUAUAUUUGAAAUGAAGAGUAAUGUGCCUACUGCUAGGCACAGGUUUUGAAUAUUGUGCUUUAUUUUUAAAUGUUAUUGGCUGGCAGUAUAAAGAAACAAGCUACCCCCCCCCCCCCGCCCCCUUGCUAUCCCCCACCCCAGCUGUGUAUUGUCACAGAAUAUGGGAGUAUUGAUAUUGUGGUGCCAAUUCUAAGCAAACAUAUUGCUUAUUGAUGUGUGAAAAGCACUUAUGUAACCAGGGCUGUAGCAAAACUAAGUAUUUAAGCCUUGAAGUUUCAGUUUAAACAACCAAAGUGUUAUGACAAUGAAGAAGGACCUUUUUGUGAUGCUGGUCAAGGCCAAAGACAUUAUACUGAGGAAGGGGGAGCUUCAAAUAAACAUAUAUAACAUGUUCUGUAAAAACUUUGGAUUGGACCAGAAGCCUGUGAUACAAGAAACAAUAUCAAGACUUUAAAAAGGGAGCGUGUUAACUUGUAAUGUUUAAUGAAGUGAAUUAGUAAAUAAAAACAUGAGCAUGUUCAUCAGCAUUGAAUUGUAAUUAGAAACCUGCACUAUGUACUAACCCAUCUUCAGCUCAAUGCUGUUAACAUUUGUAAACGGUGUACCAAACAUUUCACUAGGAAAUUAGUUCAGACUAUUACCAUAAUGACAUGAGUAUGUCAGCUGUGUGGGUCCAAUUUCCAGGAACAUUACCUAAUUUACUAGCAUUGUCAAAUUGUGAUCGAUGGUAUAUUCUGAUGUUGAUAUAUAAUUAAAGCAAACGUACAUAUGUUUAGUAAGAUUAUGGCAAAAUUUGCAUGUUUUUUCCAAGUUAAAGAUGAUUUUGUAUUCAGUUUAACAACCUGUCACUUAAUAACUAUAGUUCAAAAUAAAUACAGGUUGCCACUCACUCCGCAUUCUAUUUCUACCCUUUAUACUGCCAACUGCAGCGUCAUGCACUUUGAAUUUCAUUGAAGAUGCCAUUGGAUUGUCAAACCUGCAAUCUCCGUAGCUUUCAUGAUCAAAUGGGAUCAGAAUCAGAACACUAGCAAAUCUGUGAACGUGACAUAAUUGAUGAGACAGUUUGAAGCAGAUGAUGUCCUCUGAUUAGAAAGGAGUACAAAAGCAGAUUAAACAAUGUCAGAAGAAUGUAGAGUGCUGUUUUACAUCUAUAGGACAGAUUAUUGUACCAACCUAAAGAAUGUAAACAGUUGAAAUGAAGAACCCAUUCCCCACACAACUGAUGCACCUAAGAGAUGCUUAUGCUAACUUCAAGCAUUUCCCGGAAAACGUGUUAUGCACAGAAUAUCUUGUGGACAUUUAUUCAAUUAUCUUCAGUUUUCUCCCUCUGCCCAACACACAUUUUCUCUCUCUUCCCUGCAACCCCCUCCCCCAACCUGUUAAGCUCAGGAUAAUUGUGAAAGUCUGUUAUUAUAGGAGAAUGUAACAUUAUUAUGAACCGCUAUAUUGUGCAAAUUUUCCAUGAAAAGUUGUAUUUGGAUACCGCAUUGGCUUCAAAUUACCACUAGGGCAACAUUUCAUUUCAGAAUUCAUUUAUAAUCAAACACCAUUGAAAAGAAUAGUGUGUACCUUUUCAACACUGAAAACAGCUCAUUGGUUCGUGUGUCUAUACCAGUGCCGGUUCCACAUUUGCACCCAUUUUCUCUAAUCCUAUAAUCCAGCUGUUUCCCCUUAUACCUUUUAAACCAACUGUGGAAUUGCACACCUGACCUGGCUCCAUUUUAGCAAUUAAACAAAUAUCUGUCAAUGAAUCUUGCGGAGAAGAUAGAGUGUAUGUUUAUUUUUAUGUCUUAUCAACUGUGAACAAUAAUGCAGCAAAUAUUUUAAUGCUUUCUAAAAGGUUAGCCACUCUUAGUGUGAUUGAGCUAAUGCAUAAAUAAUCGCAAAUUGUUAUACUCAGAACAAUUUGCAUUGUUUUGUUCUUCAGUUGUCUUGGUGCUCUAUUCAAGGGUGCAAUUCUAAUGUGCAUGUUGCUCUGCAGGCACCAUUUGAUAAUGAAACUAGGUGCAGAAAAUGUUCAUAACUAAAGGCAUUGUAAAGCAUUUAUAUUGUUAAUAUUUGGAUGUGCAAGGCUGAACAGACAAUGGUGCUAAUUGGCCAACUAUAUUGGUGUAAAACUGGUAGUUCUGGCCAUAUUAAAUUUAAUCCUUGCUUUGUAAAAUAAGAUUUGGCGUUAUUUUCUUUUGCCUAACAGAUAUCAGGAAGACUAUUUUGGUGCCUAAGCCCGUGUAUAUUUUUUCUUUCCAUUGGGAUUAAGUCUGGUUUGUGACAGUGAGGAAAUGAAUUGCCUUCGUUCAAGAUCUCUUAUUCAUUUUCACUGCCCCCCCCACAAAAAAAAGUCAAUGGCUAAAAUCCUUCUGAUUUGCAAUGCUCUCAACCAUUUUAUCAUAACAAUUCCAAAAAUACCUUGGAGUAGAAUUCAGGGACUUGCAAUAUGCAGAUUCAUUGCCAGUACUGUGAAAUAGCUAAGAUACCAGUUUGCUUCUUUUAAAAGUGUACAUUUUUUUUGGUAUAUUCCUCGUGCUUAAACAAUCAGUGCUUUUGAUUUUUUUUUUCUUUGGGAUUGCGUGAUGGGGGCUUGGAUCCGAUUUCCUUUUAAAUUGAAGUUAAGUUUAUGAUUUAGUAUUGAACUGUAGUAUGUUGUGAUACACAGUUGUCUGCCAGAAAAGUACACUUUAUUGCUGUGACUGCAAGUUUUUACGUUCAAAACCAUUUUUUAAAAUGAAACCUAAGAAAAUGUUCAUACCUUUGUGGUUUGUGUGAAGAAAUUUACAUUGCAGUACUAAAUUAAUAAGUACUUAAAUAUGUACAAAAAGAUAAACAGCUAAAUUAGAGAAAGGUAAGAAUGUAAGUAAGUAAGUAAUGAAAGUAAGAAAUGAAUGAAGCAAUUCUUCUUUUGUUCCCCUACCUGGCAUUGUUAAACUGUCUUCUCAUCCUUUGAUCACUUGAGAUGAUUUUAAAGAUGGGAGACCAAUCUAAAACUGAAUUCAGCUGAAUUCAAAAUAGUUUAUCAAUUGUUUAUCUCUCAUGACAGUUUUUCUGUAGAAUGUAUUUUAUGUAACAAUUUCAGCCAUAUGGAAGUUAGUUUUUGUUCAGGAAUGUUUAUUUGAAGUGAUUUAAGCUUUCAAAGGUUGCAGUAGGAGAGUGAAGAUCUGAAGAAGGCAACUUUUGCAAGUAGGUAGGCUGAUAGCCUGCUAGUGGAAACAAAGUUUCCGCCAGAUUUGCAGAUAGGAGGCACCUCCUUAGUUUCUGCUGAUUUCUGAAGUGUCAUUUCUGUGCAAAGUUUAAUAAAUUAAUACACUCACUUAAUCUACUGGAAUCAGCUGCCAAGUUGAGCUAUAUAUAAUUGGAAAACUGGAAUAAGAACAGCACACAUCUGCAGUUAGCCACCAUAGUGAUGCACUGAAACUUAAAGGCUUGCUGAACAGCAACUUUGUUGUGGCCCUUUCAUCAACCAGUACGCAAACCGUGGCAUUACUUAACAAGAUGAUUUUUCCUUAUUUUAGACUAUGAAUGUAUCAGUAAUUUUAUUUUAGAAAACUGCCUAUUAGCAUUCACAAGCAAAUAAUACAUGUAAAUUAAAAUGUAGUGCUUAAUAAUCUUAGAUGCUAUACGAUGAAUGUAUAAAAUGAUCAAAAGUUUAUCCUAAAUGUAUUCUGACUUCAUAAGCUUCGAAAGCUCACUUUGUAAAGAUGUCUACAUACAGGAAGACAAGUGGAAGUGUACAGUGUCGUAUUGUGUGAUUGCAUCGGUAUGGAAAUUCACCAAUACAGUAUGCAGACAUUUUAAGGCUUUGUAUUAGAAAAUUUAAGAAGUAAACUAAAAAUCAUGCAGAUAAGCUUUUGUUGUAAGCUGAAAUACAUAGAGUAUCCGAAUAUUCCCAAAAUGGAUAAAGUGACAAUAUAAUUCGGCUGCAUCCUGAGUGUGAAGCCCUGUAACAUUGAUCCCAAAAUGUGUUCCUCAUAAAUUUUGAAGAGAAAAGUCUCUAGCAUAAUUUAGUAAAGUCUACAGGAUAUAGUUGCAACAACCUCCUUGCCCACUUUCAAUAGCCCAGUUUAAGAAAAAGCACUACAGUAGGGCUUUCUGUACUUGGCUUGACUGGUGAUUUUCUGCUCUCGGAAACUUUAGGUGAUGCCAUAAUAUCAAUUUAGUCCAGAAAUUUUAUGUAUUUUCUGUUUUUCAGUGUGGUAUUUUUGAGUUUAAAAGGACAAAACUUGAGUCAGUACGUGCAGUAGCUCCAUUAGCUUUUAUGGCCAUUUAGCUUUUUUAAAACUGAAUUUCAUGAUCAUAAAAUGUAGUUACUCUAUAUUAAUAUGCACUUUACAAACCACUGUAGAACCAUACAUUUAUAGAAAUCACUUUUUAGCAGCACCAUUAGUUGACAUAAGUGGUACUACAGUGCAGUCCUGGUAUACAAUGUAGAAAACUUAAAACCACAGUGUAUUUUGUUUUUAAUUCUAUUUUGUGUGUCUAUGACUUCGUUUGGUCUACAGGUGCCACAAAGUUCUUGGGAUGUAUAGUAAUCUAAUCGCCUCAUCCAGGAGGCAGGUAAGGAAGCAAGCCAGUUGGUCAGUUAAUGUUAGGAUGUUUUGAGUAAGAAGUUGAAAGUUUGUUAUGGUUCUCCUCACUUGGCACUGGAAAUUCAGCCCCAAGUGUAACUGAGCAAGCAUCGUUUUGAAUAUUUGUACAUGGGUUGUGUUAAUGGCAUAAAGUGUAUAAGAAUGGCUCCUGGUAAAGGCCAUAUGUGAUUCCUUGACUAUAGUGGUGAGAGGUAUAGAAUAAUGAAUUGGUAGGAGGGAGUUAACCUAGCAGUUUUACCAUCAGGGGUUCUGACUGAAGCUGGAAUGCUACAUGCAUAGUCUUGACCCCAGAGACUGAAUGCUGCUCCUCCACUCCUAUCUGUUAUUUUUUAUAUAUAACACAGUUUGAAUCUUAUUCAUUGACUUGUAUGAAUUGCUGAAUUUAAAACUGCUUCAAAUCCUCAAGAAAUGUCAAUGUGUGCAUGUUACAAGUAGUAUGACACCACUUAAAAAAUAAUCAGUGGCAAACAUGUUUGAUACAUCCGAAUGGUAUGAUAGUUGAGUACAAGCUCAAAGAGUUGUGUUUCACAAAUCUACUUUGUUACAAAUAAAGAUUUUUAACGAA